CAUCUACUAAGAGACGACGAAGGUGACUUCAGCGAUGCAUCCUUAGUCUAAAAGGGCUCCGAGUAAUAGAGCUCAGAGUCCAGCGCAGUCAGGCAUAAGGUUGUCUGAAGCUGCGCCUUCAAGGUCUCCAUUGCCAGCCCGACGCUGGUCGGACCAACUGGCUGUGGUGGCCGACAGCAUCUGACGAACACGGAGCCAGCUGGCCACGCCAUGGGAAACUGCACCGCGAGGAAAACAGGGAAAAAGACAAAGGCACAAGGUGACGGCGGCGGAGGGGACACGUGUGACACGAACGCGGGCAAGGAAGUUACGCCAGCUAGAGAGGAUGUGAUGUACGCCACCAUCAACCACAACCACGCCAAGAACCUGGGCGGCAGCAAGACCUCGGUCACCGAUAGCCAGUGCGACUACGCCACGGUUAAAUUGCCGCCCGAUCUCGAACCUGGACACGAACUUGAAUCCGAGACGUCCAGAGAGGAGUGUGCAGACGAUUACGUCCUCAUGGGAACUGAUGACCCAAAAAAAAAAAAAGCAGCUAGCUGGUUGUGGAAACAUCUAGCAUUUCCAAGCAGUUUCCCCGCCACCUGUGAGGCGGGCCUGGGGGACCCCCCCCCCGAGGACGGCUGUGGGGGGUCCCUCCCUUCGGAAGAUGAGUCUCCUGACACAUCUGCCGUCCCAACGGUGGAAACCCCAGCUCAGAAGUGUCGCCCCAUUGGCUCUUACAGUGACAGUUUUACUCUCACAAUCCCCUAAGACCCCACUGGGAGCGGCGCUGUCAUGCCAGUAGUCCUUCUAGACUUUUCUACCAGUCCCCUUCUUCUUUCUUUUUCUUUUUUUUUAUUAUCUGGUGACAUAUUUCCAUUUUGAUGCAGGCGUUUUAACUGGUCCUGACCGGUUCGCACAGGACCUACGUCGCCCUUGUUAACAUAAUGUUAAUGAAUAUUAAAACUUGACUAUGAGCUGAUCUAUGUAGUCUGGUUGCUCAUC